AUGGGGGUGCUCAAAUUUCUUGCCGGUCGUGUGGCCUUGGUGACGGGGUCUACAGGUGGAAUUGGAGAAGGUGUGGCUCGGUCUUUGGCUCAGAAAGGAGCUAACAUUAUCCUCAAUGGUUUUGGAGAGGAUCGUCUUAUACAGAACUUGGUGAAGUCCUUCAAGAGUGAAUAUAAUGUUAAUGCUGUGUACAUUGGCGGAGACCUCUCGGACCCCAAAGAUGUGAAAGCUUUGUACGACGGUUCUCUAAAGUCAUUUCCUGGAGGGAUUGAUAUAUUGGUGAACAAUGCUGGAUUUCAGCAUGUAUGUCCUUUGGAGUCCUUCCCGUUGGACACUUGGAACAAAAUGAUCUCUGUGAUGUUGACAGCUCCCUUUCAGCUCACUCAGUUUAGUGUUGGAAACAUGAAGGCAAAAGGCUGGGGUCGAAUUAUCAACAUUGCAUCUGCUCAUGGACUGGUCGCUUCCCCGUACAAAACAGCUUACGUCACUAUAAAACAUGGGAUGAUGGGAUUCACUAAGACUGUGGGUAUAGAGACUGCAGGGUCUGGUGUCACCUGCAAUGCUAUAUGUCCGGGAUAUGUAGAAACUCCCUUAUUCAUCAGACAGGCAGAGGACCGAGCUAGAGAUCAAGGCAUCUCAAUCGAUGAUGCAAAG